AUGGGCUACGCUCGGGCCGCAGCGGCGCCGCCGAGGCUCCCGAGGGAAAUCACGGCCGCGUCUGGCGCUCAUCAGUACGUGCCGCGAGAGUGUGUGCGUGAAAGUGCCGGUAUAAAGGUGGCCGCGGCGGCGGGUGGCGCGACCCGGCCACGGCGUUUCGCAGCGGCAGCAGCAGCCACCAGUGUCCGAGGUGCCGGCACUGCACAGAGCGUCCAGUCGCAGCCGCUGCAGCAGUCGUCGACUACAGCUGCCAUGGAGCCUCGCCAGCAGUGGAGUGUCGUAUAUGGGGGAGCCCUCCUCCUGUGCAGCAUCUGCAGCAGUGGUGCCGUUGGCGCUCUGCAACCAGGCAACAAGGUGCAGCCUACAACCAGGGACGUCCUUACACCAGCUAGUCCCACGAGUGACGCUGAACUCCAAUCCAGCAAAGAAGGGGCGGUUCGCAGUAAUGAUGUGAGUGCUACUAAAGGAGCCCCAGUAGUGAUGGUGUCCCCGGAUGACUUCAGACCCGCAGCUGAGGGUCCCUCUACUGGAGACACUGUGCGAAACGCGAGACUGUUGACUGCCGAAGACAUAGCGGGGAAGGAACUGGAGUACCUGCCCGUGCCAGACUCGGACGUGUUCGUUCUGCAGAUGGCCGACAUAGUGCCGCAGUCCAGCGUCCGGCCCGUCACGGAACCACCGCCCACGACCAGUGACAAGGUGCGGGAGGCGACAGUGGCGGCGGCGACGAUGGCGACGAAGAUAGCGACGAUGGCGACGAAUAUAGCGACCACGGCGAAGGUGACGACAACGCAGGCAGUGCCUGUAAAACUGCUGAGGCCUGAGCAAGUGGAGCUGCGGCAGCCACAGCCACAGUUGCAGCCAACACUGCCGCAGCAGUUAUUGCAGGUGCACGCCAUGGCAGCUGCAAAGGCAGCGACUACGACACAGGCAGCGCCUGUAAAACUGCUGAGACUUAAGCAGGUGGAGCCGCGGCAGCCACAGCCACAGCUUCAGCCAAUGCUGCCGCACCAGCCAUUGCACGCGCAGACAGUGGCAGCCGCAACGGUAUCGACAACACUGCCACCCGUGGCGCCCCAGGGUCCACUACUGAUCCGUGUACGGGAGGAGAAGCAGUACAAGCCACAGCCACGGCCACCGCAGCAGCGCCUGCGGCCGCAGGCCUCGGCGGUCCCCAAGGUGCAGACGGACAAGCGCAGCAACAGCAAGCGGUCGCCGCUUCUGGAGCAGCUCAAGAAGGAGGCGGUCGCCGACGAGGACGUGGUCGCGCUGCUGCCCAGGGGCUUCCAGCUGCCGAUCCCCACGGAGGAAGACGCGCAGGAAGCGGAGGGGGGCGACAACGGCCUGGCGGUGGCGCUGGGCCACCGAGCGGAGCUGCCGGCCAGCGAAUACGCCCAGGUUGGACAGGACGGUGGAGGAGAGUACCAGUUUUCGUACUCGGUGCGCGACGAGGAGCGCGGCACGUUCUUCGGGCAGUCGGAGAGCCGCUCCUCCGGCAGGACGACGGGCCGCUACUGGCAGCGGCUGCCCGACGGCCGCCACCAGGCCGUGUCCUACUGGGCCGAUGACGUCACCGGCUACCGCGCCCACGUCAAGUACUCGGACCAGCCCGAGGACCAGUGACGUCACGGCGCUGCCGUCCCAGAAUCGCAGCCAGCCGCGCGACCCGCCACUGCGCGCUUCCGUUAUAGUGGAGCGGUCACCGCUGACGUAAGACCAGUGUGCAGUCGCUGGCUCGACGGCCCCAUCUAACGCAGCUGGCGGCCAACGGUUACCAGUCAACAGCGGCACGGUCCUAAGUGACUCUCUCCUACUGCCUCCUGUAUUUAACAAACCAAACAGCGACUGUCUGACAGAGAAUUGAAGAAAUAUAUGGCACCGGUAAACAGGACAAGUUAGGUAUAACUCGUUCAGCGUCGAGUGAACUGGGAAAAACUCCGUCGGGUGCGCGUAGAGGUGGUCCAAAUCGUCAGAUUCAGGAGUGUGCUGCUACCACAGAUUUAAACCAAUACAUCAGAAUACUUCGCUUCGCAUUACUAUAAACUAUGUACUUCUUAGAACAACAAACUAAUCUUUUAGGGGCUCUCCAAAGUGACGAGCGCCUAUCUCGAUGUUUGCAUGGCAGUAUAAACGACGGUACUGCACUCCGGGUUCAAAAUCAUUCGAUCCCACUGCUAGCACAUGUUGUUCAUUACAGCAGCGUAAUACUCAAUGCAUACUUGCACUCUUCCAAGAUUACAAUUUACCCCUAAGUUGAAAGGUCUGUAUUGAUCAUCUCCCACACGAUAUCACAUCAUUUCUUCAAAAUCUACUUUUCGGACAUUUCUUUGUCGACAGACUCGGUCAGCUCUCUCAAGUUUGUAACUAUGUUUAGAAAUUUUUUCCAGCUAAAACCAACCCUCAAAGUAACUUUAUGUAUGUUCUUCAUUGAGCCGUCAUAGCUCUCAAUACUUCAAUGUUUAUGUAACACGAAAUCUCAGCUGCUGUUACGAAAUUUCCUAGUUUCCACAGUCGGCGACGUACAUCGAACAUUUCCAGGAUACAUGCACUUUGUCGAGUGUUAUUCUACAUAUGAAACAGUUUCAGUAUUAUAUGUGUGGUGUCACCGCCAGACACCACACUUGCUAGGUGGUAGCCUUUAAAUCGGCCUCGGUCCGGUAGUAUACAUCGGACCCGCGUGUCGCCACUAUCAGUGAUUGCAGACCGAGCGCCGCCACACGGCAGGUCUAGAGAGACUUCCUAGCACUCGCCCCAGUUGUACAGCCGACAUUGCUAGCGAUGGUUCACUGACAAAUUACGCUCUCAUUUGCCGAGACGAUAGUUAGCAUAGCCUUCAGCUACGUUAUUUGCUAAAACCUAGCAAGGCGCCAUGAUCGGUUUCUAUUGAUAUUGUAAAUCAUGUUCCAUCAAUAGCGACGUUCGUCAUUAAUGGAUUAAAGUUAAGUAUUCCACCAGCUACGCCCGUUUUUCUCAAUUCUAAUUCCCUUGUCAUGUUCCAGACCUCACGCAAGCCUGCGUGAGCUAAAACGCGUGCAUUUCGGCCUCCUGUAGUAACACGGUGUUGGCUCUCCUGCCAACCACAACAAUAUGUCCCAAAGCACUCGGCAAACUCUUAGGUGCCUGUGCCCUGGGCAUGUUCAGUGAACGUCACCAACCGUGGAAACUAGAAAAUUUCUUGAAAGUACCUCAGAUGGUGUUCUACGUGCACCUUGAAGGAUGAUGCGUGCUACUAAUCGUUUCUCUAACCACUCGAUACUGCUUUCCAAGUGCUGCAUCCUGCAGCACUAUGCAUUACACCAUAUUUUUGCAAUUUCUUGUAACGACUAAUGCCCCAUCUUCCAUCUCCAGCCUUGAAGCAUAACCAGUGAUAAUUCCACCCAUUAAAACUUAGAAGAUGGUACCAUCAGUGUGAAGCAAUGGUAGUUAUUUAUUAUGAAACAUAAGCAGUUUAAACGGACAACACAAAUGCGUUCGUCAUUACAGACUUCAUACAGCCUCAAGUUCUCAUACCUGAAGAUUGGUUCCUAAUUUCAAAGUGCUCAGGUGUUCGUCCUUUACCGUCUGUGCAUAUUUGACCCUAAUCGUUUAUAGUACACUGAAUAUCGGCUGUUCCUAAAUUUUUAUUAAGAAACCAUGGUUGAUAACGAUCUGUAGAAGAACACACUUAUAAAGAUGAACUGAUUGUGCUUUCCAGGAAAAAUCACGUAAAUCGAUGAUUCCUUUCUUCAGCGUCUGUGAGACGGAAGAAAGAAAAUAGUUUACACAAAAUCUGGGACUUAUUACUUUGUUAAAUGACUAACUAGUGUAAGAACAAUGCACCAUCCUAACACACACACACAGAACAUUUAGUUUUCACCUGUAAUAUCUCACUCCACAAUUGUGCCUUUCUGUUACCACAAUAAGAGUUAGCAUUGCUCACAUUAGUUAAAUGGCGUCAAACAGAUUUACUAUAACAACAACAUUAAUUUACUAUUCCUUCAACUUCCAGCAACAUCGGAAUUAUGAAAUGCGUUCCUUCGUUUGUUUACUCAGACACUUGCUACGCGCCCUACUUAUGGAUGUAAUUAAUGUAGAAACGCCCCGAAAUUUUUAAGUAUUAGACGUUAGUCUAAUUUGUGGUUUCUGAGACUUUGUAAAGCUAUAUAGUUUAAAGUUGCAAGAAGAUAAUGUUUCUUUGCGGAAUUACGAAGUGGAUUGACAUCUGACACCUUGACAGAUUUUUUUUCUUUGUACCGUUAAGUUUUACUGGUAAGACAGUUAUUCAAAGGCACAGCAAUAUUAUUUUGUCUCAUCAACCCAUUAUGUUAACAAUGCUUGUAGUUCUAAUUCAAAUUCUUAAUCAGUUUACAUAUUCGAAUGAGAUAUUUUAUUCUGUAAUCUCUGGCAAGAUGAUUGAUGUGUGCAAAAUAUUCUCAAUUGUAAGCGCUUAUUAUCUAGGUACCAAAUAUCAGUAAGAAACCAAUAAAAGUUUAUUGUUUUUUU